GACCCCAACCAUGACUACCAAACGGAUAUUCAAAGCGGCAGUGCUAGUGAACAGCAUCUCGUCGCUUGAUCCGGCUUUCAAAAAUGCAUUCCAAGAAAACAUCACCACAGCCAGCCGCGAUGCACAAGUCGACUUCUUCGACCCGAUAAAGACCCAAAUUUACCCCGAAAUCGGAGAAUACGACUUGAUUGUUCUCACGGGAGGAAACGUUGCAGACGCAGCGGCGAAGGAUAUCCCAUGGUUGCUCAAAAUGCAAGAAUUUUUGAGAGCGACAGUCGACAAGUCUCCAAUGCAAAAAAUUGUUGGAGUCUGUUGGGGCCAUCAGCUGACUCAUAUUACUUUUGGAGGUACCGUUGGCUCUAUGAAUGAGUUUGAGGUGGGCGUGACGCCUGUUACACUGACCCAUGAGGGCUCCGCUUUCUACUCUGGUAGCUUCCCAUCGAAUGAUGAGUUGAGGAUUCAUCAGUUCCAUGAACGUGAGGUAAAAGUCCCUGGAAAGGGAUUCGUCGCUUUAGCGGAAAACAAUCAGUGUCUGGUUAAUGCGGCCAACACCAUUCUCACAUUCCAGGGUCAUCCGGAGAUGUCCGCAGAGUUGUCAAAGCUAUUGUUGGAGGAUACACCAAAGUACAAAGGCCAAUCCGAAGAAGAGAUUGAAGUAUUGGAUAGCAAGAUAAACCGCCCACAUGAUGGUAUUGCAGUUUGGGCGAGAAUCAUACAGUGGGCUGGCGAAGCAUGA